UUGGCGUCAGACAGACUGAAACGGAAAAGUUUUCUCUGAAGAAAUGUUAUCCGAACGAUAUGUUCUGUGCAGCAGUUAGGGUUCCUUACGAAUCUAAUAUCGCUAAGUAAACAAAGCGUUUGCUGUAGAGAGUGUCAAGAAGUGCCAUUCGCCAUUUUAGAAGCCAGUUUAAAAAAACACACUGAAAUAAUUGUGCUGCUGGCGCUUGAAGGUGAGACUGAUUCCCAGGGAGCGGCCGGUUCGACCCGGAGAAACCCCUGGCAACGCUAGAAAACAAGAUUUACAAUCCGCGCUGUGUGUUUGUGUCUACGAAACUGCAUUGGGUCGGCUGGAGAAGGAAAAGACCUCUGUUUGCUGGUUGGCUGGUCAAUUCAGUUUAAAAAAACAAUUAAAUUAUUCUACUGCUGGUGCCUGGAGGUGAGACUGAUUCCCAGAUAGCACUUGUUUGUGUCUACGAAACUGCAUUGGGUCGGCUGGAGAAGGAAAAGACCUCUGUUUGCUGGUUGGCUGGUCGUGAUCACUUUAUCUAACAAAGACAGCGAGGAGAGAUGUCUUUCCGGCUAUUCGAAGGGAAGGAGCACGCCGACAUCUAUCAGAAGUACCGCUUUGAUCCCCCUGAUGAAGUCAAGAGUGUAAUCCUUAAUUAUCUGGAUAAAAAAAAAGGCAGGCCUCAUGUCCUGGCUGUGGAUCUGGGCUGUGGGACGGGUCAGAACACCCGAGUUUUAGCCCCUCAUUUCCAGAAGGUGGUGGGGAUUGACGUCAGCGAGGCCCAGUUAGCAGUGGCAACGAGAGUGGCCGGGUUUCCCAAUAUCUCUUACCGGGCCGGUCCUGCGGAGGACCUCCCGUUCGAGGACGGCUCAGUGGAUCUGGUCACGGCUGCCUCGGCGGCUCACUGGUUCAAUGCCGACGCCUUUCUGAAGGAGGCUGAGAGAGUCCUGAAGCCCAGGGGCUGCAUUGCCCUGCUGGGCUACUCCACGACCACUUGUGAGCUCCACUGUAAGGAUGGCACUGGUGACCUGACUGAAAUCCUCACUGAGUUGUGGGAUUGCCUGAAGCCUUAUGGAACCAAGCAGUGGGACAUUUCAAACUCAAUGUUGCAGGAGAUAUUUGAGGCCAUCAGAUUCCCAGAGAAGGAAAGGGUUGAAAAUAUAGCUGUAAAGACUCCUCUAUCAGUGUGUGAUUUUCUUGGCUAUAUUCAGUCCAUCUCCAUGUACCAGUCCUACUCAAAGGCAGACCCGGAAGCUGCAACGACCAUGAUACAGAGAAUCCAACGGAGGCUUCUGGAGGAGAUGGGUGUCUCUGCUGAGACAGAGCUGGAAAUCUGGCAUCAGUAUUUCUGUGUGUUGGCAUCCAAGCCUGAGUAAGAUCCGGAAUUACUAUGACCAGAGCUGGGAUCUCAUGAAGAAGGGGAAUAUUAUGUGCUUGACUUCCAGAUACAAGAAAUUAGUAUUUCAAAAUCACGUCCUAAAUUAACUUGGGUAUUUUAAUUUGCUUGUGCUAAUACAUGUUGAAUCACGCUACUCUUCAUUUGGAGUUUGUAUUUCAUUUUACUCUUGUAUCUGCCUCCCUGAGUGAUUGUACGCACCAUAGUACUCCUGUGAACAACAUUAAAAUGCAAUGUAA